AAAACUGGAUGCCGAGCAGUUCAGACGCAUUCUACUUAACAAAUUUAAAAAAAAAAAUAAAAAGUUGUUUACUGUAAAACAAAAAAUAAAACAAAACAACAACAACAAUUCUAAAACAUUACAUAAAGACGCGCUAACAAUUUGAAUCUAUUUGAAUAUUUUCCCUUUUCUACUCGAAACACUGCUUCCUAACUUUAACUUAAGUGUUUUUGAAUUUCGAAAUGAGCUAUUUUUAUCAGUUUACAGACCAAAAGUGAGCUCUGAGCUGAGAGCAGUGUAAUGAUCUUGUGAUAAGAAGAAACACGUGUCCGAUCAGCAAAAGAUCUCAAGUAAUAGUUUCUAAAACCAAGAAAAGAAAACAAUCGGAUAUCUCGGAGAAAAAGUAGAUCUUCUAUGAAGAGUGGAAGUACCUAUUCUCUGAAGCUUAUAGUGAUUGACCUUGAUGGUCGGUGUCGGCCGUGGGUUGCGAAAUAUUACUUCGUCUGAUUUACGACGCGACGAACGAUACAAAAUGAUCUCAGUUUAAUAAAUUUUUUGGAAAUUAUUUUUAUGUUUUAAAAUUUGAACGCACUUAAAAAAAAAAUAAAUUAAAAUAUGAGUUGCCGGUUUUGUAGUCGAGAAUGGAUUUUUGGAGAAGUGGGAUUGAUUUUGUCAAUAGUUGGAACUGUGCUCUAUAUAAACUGGAUAAGCUGGUUUACAAUCUUAAGAGGAAAGGAAAUGGCCUUGAGUCCUAUAUCUCCUGCCUAUGCCGGUUGGAAAUCAUCACCGUUACCUUUGUACCUCGACAUUUAUCUUUUCAAUUGGACAAAUUCGCAUCAAUUCACAAAUCACUCCAUCAAGCCGAGAUUCCAAGAACUCGGUCCAUAUCGAUUCAGAGACAUACCCGACAAAGUCGAUAUUAAAUUUCAUCCAAAAAAUAAUUCAGUAACAUUCCGUAAGAUGAGUUUGUAUUAUUUCGAUGCUGAGGGAAGCAAUGGUAGCUUAAGUGAUAUAAUAACAACCGUGAAUAUGGUUGCAUGGGCAGCUGUUCACAAGAAACGUGACUCGGGAUUCUUUCAGAUGCUUGGAUUAAAAACUGCAUUGGAUUUGUCAAAUGAGAAACUAACUGUAACAAAAACUGUCGAUGAGAUGCUAUUCAGUGGCUACAAAGAUCCAAUGGUGGACUUGAAUAAUUUUCUCAAGACAUUUUCAAUGGGCGAAGAAUCCAUUUCAUAUGACCGAGUCGGAUACUUUUAUAUGCGCAAUGGCAGUUCAGUAUUCAAUGGCCUCCUCAAUAUGCACACAGGAGGUGAUGACCCAAGAAAAAUGGGAAAAAUUCAUACUUGGGAUGCAAAGAACCAUUCGGGAUUUUAUCAAUCAAAUUGUGGAAUGGUAAACGGAUCACUUGGAGAAUUCUUUCCACCUAACCUGAAAGAGGGAGACUCAAUAGACUUGUACAUUCCAAAUAUGUGUCGGACAGUUCCUCUAGAUUAUACCGAAACCGUUGAAGUUCAUGGUGUGAGGGGUUUGAAAUUUUCUGGUGGACGGCGAUCAGUUGAUAAUGGAACCAUGUAUCCUGAAACUAAAUGCUUUUGUGUUGAUGGAAAAUGUGAACGAGCGGGUGUUAUGAACAUGGGACCAUGUCAGUAUGGAACAACAGCGUUUAUGUCAUAUCCACAUUUCUAUGAAGCCGAUCCAUAUUAUUUGGAACAAAUUGAAGGCUUAAAACCGGUUAAGGAAAAACAUGAGUUCUUUAUGACACUAGAACCAAAUGCUGGUGUACCCUUGGAUGUUGGUGGGGGAUUUCAAGCAAAUGUGCUCAUCGAACCGAUUCCAGGAAUGGGAAUCUAUGAUAAAGUACCACGAAUAUUUCUUCCAAUAAUGUGGUGUGAACAACGCGUACGUGUGACUCCUGAAAUUGCGAGUGAAAUUAAACUUGUUCCUCAAAUUAUCUAUUGGGGCCAAUGUUUUGGCGGAGCACUUCUUUUUGUCGGAAUUGUAAUGUUCCUCUGGCAUCCAUUCCAUGCAAUAGCUAACCAAUUUAAGCCCAAGGAUCAAAGAAAGCCAAAAACUAAAAACACAGACGAACCAAAUCAUCAACUGCGAAUCGAAUCAGUUCCAUUUGUGGCUAAAAAUGGCAACGGACAAAUUAUAGCCAAACCACAGAAGCUUUCUCUUCUCGGCCAGUCAAAAGACGAAGCAAAGAGAUAACAUUAAAAGACUUUAUGUAUUUACGUAUCGUGUUAGUUUAAAUAAUUAGUUGAAUGUUUUAUUAUAAACAAGAAAUGGACCUAAAAGCCAUUAUAUCUCUGUUACUUAAGAAUAGAUAAUAAAUCUUAGAUUAAUGAAAUUUUAAA